CUGGAUUGAAUAAAAACAUUUAAUACCUUUAUUGACAUGCAUGUCAACAUAAUUUUUUCUGAGAUAUUUACAUGGGAAAAGGAAUACAUAGGGCCUGUGAUGAAAGAAUUAAUUAAGCAUACAAGAUUUUAUUUUUUAUUUUUUUUGCAAUGUGAUGCACACCAGGUGUGAAAAUGUUCAACCUGACAUAUGUUUUAGUAUUGUAAUUUCUGUUUCUGUUUCUGUACCAUGGUGUCCCGAAUGCGAUUAAAGCUGUAAUGGGUGAUUUGAAUAGGCUGUGUGGUGUAAACGUUUGAGUUCCAACAUGAAAACAGCAGACAUCUGCCCUUAAACAGCUCUGAAACACGUGCCAAGCCUGACCUAAAAUAAAUACAAUCUGCCCGUCAGGACCUCUUCUAUAAUACGGCUGUAACUGUUAGGAGUGUUAAAAAGGCUGUAAUUGUUAGGACUCCUUUUAUCCCCGGCGUAGUCUACAUGUGAAUAACUUAGUUAAUGAUCAUCAUUAGUGCAAGGCUGGAGGCGGCGCUGGUCUUGACAGCCGAGCGGAGGCGACUCCUGCGCUAGGGAGGAGACUAGACUCCUGCGCUCCACGGCCGUUCAUUGGAGGAGGUGCGACGGGAGGAAACCGUGCCGCCGCAAUUGCAGCGAAGGCGACGGGUGAGCAGCAGCCAAAUGAGAGCAAGACGCGGUCACCAUUUCCGCGCGGCGAUUAUCUGACACUCUCUGUCGUCCGAUGGAGGCGACGAUUUUGAAAACGCCGAGCGUGACGGACGUCGGCGGUGCCGUGAGCGCGGAGCUAGAGGUGAAAAAGCUGCAGGAACUCGUCAGGAGACUGGAGAGGCAGAACGAGCAGCUGAGGACGCGUGCAAACGCGGUCGGCGCGUGCACAAGCCCGCUUUCAUCUCUGCAGCUGAACCUGUUCGGGAAUUCCAUCGGAGCCGGAAGCUGCUGCGUCCCGAGCCCCGCGCCCACGCUCGCUUGCCAGGCGGUCUUGGAGCAGUGUUGUGUGUCCGAGGACCAUGUCCUAUGUUUCCAGCCCCACUCCACCGUUGAUUUGGCGGACGAGGCGGCGGAUGCGUACCGCCUCUCUUCUGAGCCCACGGUUUUGGACGAGGUGGAGGUGCUAGACCUAGAUUCUAUUUUCCAGUGCACCGCGGAGUCGGAUGAGACGUGGCUGUAUGCGGGAUCUAAGUCGUGUUUGUGGGCUGGUAGCGGUGGGACCCCUCUGCAGUGGUGCAGGCAUGUGCUGGGUCAUCCUCAAGGAGAGCUGGAGACACCUAGACCAUCACUAUGUCAGAGGCCAGAGUCAGUGAAUAGAUGGAGGGGCGUGUUCUCCUCAGCUCCGCCCCCUUCAGCUUUCCCCCACAGCCGUGUGGGCGGAGUCUCCCUGCUGUGCACCUCCUCUCCCGCCUCCAGAUCCUCCCUCACUUCAGCACCUUGCACUGCUUCCUGUGACAGGCAAGCCAUUCACGUGGGUAGCAGUGUGCGACACACUCCAUUCAGGCCGCAGUCGUCUCUGGACAGUGAGCUGAGCACGGAGCUGGAUGAUGAUGCCGGGUCUCUGGGAUACAAGCUGCAGGACCUAACGGAUGUGCAAGUGAUGGCACGCCUCCAGGAGGAGAGUCUGCGUCAGGACUAUGCCACUUCGUCCACUUCCUCCUCGGCAGUCAGCCGCCGCUGUGGCAGCUCGUCUUUUCAGUUCAGGCAGCCCCAUUUAGAGGACGACGACGACGACGACGACGAAGAUUAUGGCCAGCUCCCUCCUCCUCAGCCCCGCUUGACCCGGGCCGGACCUUUAGGGCUGCCCCAUUCACAUACCUUCACCAGCAUUAGGGACUGGAGACGGAGCACACCCUCCUCCACCUGUACGCUGCCCUACCACACCCAGGCCGGCCCCAGUUGCACACCUGAGCAGCUCAGUCUCAGGUCCAGCUCAGUCGAGUAUGAGAAUAAUCUUAGGAGGAGCAUGCCAAACCUGGUGAGGGCUCCCAGCAUGCCGAGUGUGCCCAAUCCAGCCAAUCACACUGCUUCUCCUACAUCCAUCCGGAACAGUCAAAGCUUUGACUCAUCCAGUGGACUUGCAAGAUUACAGUCCUCCGGCCAGCUCCAGAAUCGGGUCCACAGUGUUGGGAAUUUCCCCUUGUCUUCACAGCAGUCCCUCAAAGCCACUGCCUACGUGAGCCCCACCAUUAAAGGCCCGUCAUCCACGACUCUGUCAGCCAGCCAGCAGUCUCUCCCUAGCAGCGGGAUUCCACAGCCGAGUAAAGGCACACGCAGCGGCCUCCCACGGCCGGCGUCCUUCACCGGGAUGAGCUCCACUCCACGCAGCAAGCUCACCCAACCCGUCAGAAGUUUGUUGACACCACCAAAGAGCCUGGCAACCCUCAGUGCCCUACGAGACGGCAGCUGGCGAGAUGGUUGUUACUAAAAGGCUGAAAGCAACAUGGAGGUCGAUGAGACCGGAGAGGCUAGGACACACCCUGCUGGCAGGGAUUGUGUACUACAUCACUAAGUGUUCUU